CUUUUGAUAAGUUAUAAAAUGGGCACUGAAACAGACGUUAUUUCAUUCACCUUCUGAUCAAAGAUGGAUCUGCAAAUCUCAGUUUUUCUUCUCUUCAUUCUUUUCACUGCAGGACACUCUCUCAGCUGUUAUGAGUGCAAUGGUCUGACAGGUUCUUGUGCGGGACAAACGGUAAAAUCAUGUCCCAUUGGAUCUUCCAAGUGCAUGAGUUUGACAGCGAUAACACAAGGUGCUGAAAUUAGUGUAAAAGUGAAGAUUAAAGAUUGUGCUCCUGCCUGUCAAAGUGGAUCCAUGAACUUCGGCAUUUCAACUGUGACUUCUUCCUGCUGUGACACGGACUUGUGUAACGUCCGAGAUGCUCCAGAUCACUCUAAUGUCCCCAAUGGAAAGAAAUGUUACUCCGUUGAUUUACAGAACCGCACAACCAUAUUGAGCUGUUCAGGAACUGAAGACCGCUGCAUUAAAGCAACAGGGACUUGGGGAGUUGUUGUGAAAGGCUGUGCCUCUAAAUCCAUUUGUGACGCCACAUCACCAGUUCCUAAUGUUUAUGGCAUCUCAUGUUGUGAGGGGAACCUGUGUAACGGUGCUCAGAGUGUCUCCCAGAGCUUCCUGUUCCUCUGCUGUUCUCUGCUCUCCUACUUCCUGCUGCACUGAAUCCAGCAGCUCGUCAUCCUACAAUCAGACACACUGUACUGAAUAUAUACUCUUUAUUUUCUCUGUACUAUCUUUGGUGUUCUGAUGUGAUGAACUGAAUUUAUACAGGAAAAUGUAUCACCUUAUUUCAGGGUUCAUAUUUAAAUCUUCAUGCAGUAAAAAAUUUAAAAGAAAGUAGAAAAGAAAAAAGUAUUAAAUCAUCAUCAUGUCCAGAAGAAA